AAGUGUUUGUUGACCCUGAAAGAUGGAAAUGGCGGUAGCUAUGAUUUUUAAGUAUCUCACCACUUGAUCCUCGCACGAAGUUGUCUGUCAUGGAGGCGGAAAGCAGUGAAACACAGAGGCGAGCAAAUUUCACGGAUUUAACUCUCACGCUCUUCCGUAAGAAGCACGGCCGUGCGGAGCAAAACCAGAAGGUGCGGGCCCUAACGCCGCACGUGCCAGGCCUGGUCACUUUCGCUGACCAUUCCAAAGCCAUGCCAUGGAGCACAGAGUACCACUCUGUCUUGAUGUUUGCCGACAUCUCAGGCUUCACGUCACUGUGCGAGCAAUACAGCGCCAUGGAGAAGAGCGGUAUUGAUGCACUCACCAGCACUCUCAACUCAUACAUGGGCGCCAUCGUGGACGGCAUUCUCUCCUCUGAUGGUGACGUCCUAAAAUACGCCGGUGAUGCCAUCCUUGCUCUGUGGCGGGUGAAUGUGGAGUCAGAGCUCCCUGUCGCGUUAGACCGAGUCAUCCAGUGCUGCCUCGACAUACAAGGGCAAUGUGGAGAGUGGGACACGGACAUUGGCGUCAAACUCACCGUCAAAAUGGGUAUUGCUGCUGGCGAUAUGACCAUGACCUUCCUUGGAAACGACGAGUUCCGCCAUUACGUUGAGCUGGGGCAGGUUGUGUCUGACGUCAACAAGGCUGAAAGCUUCUGUAAGUCCGGCUAUGUCGUCAUGUCACCCCAUGCCUGGGAGAUCUGCAACUCCGGUGGGUAUGAACACGAGGUCAUGGAGGAUGGCGCCCAUGUCAGGGUAUUGGAAGUGAAACCGGAACCAGUUGUUGCUAGGGCAUCAAGCCCCGAAGUUGGGAAACAGAGAGAGCGUCGUUUCUCCCUCACUGGUGGUGCUCUAAAGUUCGUACAGUCCCAAGGGCGGCGCAUGACGCUCGCUACAAACGUUAUCCACCAGGAUGCCGUGUCCCCGCCCGAUGAGAAGCCCCCGGCUGGGACUCACAAUAGUGUGGCUGAGGCCUCGGCCAGGAAGACAGGCUUUUCUACCCGAACCAUGACAGGGGUGCUGAAACUACGUAACAUCGUAAAGACGGUGACGGCGAUGCGAUUGGAGGAGACGUUACGGCUGUACGUGCUGUCUCCCGUUCUGAAGAAGAUCGAUGACAACCAGCCUCUCGAGUUCCUGUCUGAGAUGCGACAGGUGUCCAUCGUCUUCAUGAACCUGGUAUUGGACGAUGACGUCAACAGCUCAGAACAUCUGCAGAAUAUCUUCGACAUCGUUUUCAGUCACAUCAAGGUCGUUCAUGGCUGCUUGAACAAGAUCUUCCUGUUUGAUAAGGGAUGUACUUUUCUGGUUAUUUUUGGUUUACCGGGUUUCAAACACGAGCGGGACUGCGCACAUGCACUACAGAACUCCGUCAAGAUGAAGACAGUCCUAGACAAGCUCCCGUGGAUUCAACGAGUUUCAAUUGGGGUAACAACGGGGACGACAUUCUGUGGCGUGGUUGGCCAUGCACGACGUCACGAAUACUCAGUGAUUGGACGGAAAGUCAAUAUGGCGGCCAGGCUCAUGAUGCACUACCCCAACAAAGUCACGUGUGAUGACGACACUUUCCAGUCGUGUCGUCUUCCACCCGAAAACUUCGUUGUCUUGGUUACCAAACGAAUGAAAGGUCUGCGGAAUAUUGGACUCAUCCGUGAGUUCAGUCUACCUGAUACUGACAGAGACAGCUCCGAAAUUGAGAACAGCAUUCCGUACUUCGAGUACCCACUGCUGGGACGGAAUGAGGAGAAGCAAAUGUUCCUGGGAGAGAUCCAAAAUAUUCACGACAACGUCAAACACCGCCAUCUUGUAUUCGUGGGGUCAGCAGGGAUGGGCAAGACGAGGCUGCUCGAUGCUCUGUGUUUUCUAGCUGCACAGGAGAACCUCAGAGUGAUUAGCUGCAGCCCGAACCUCCUGAACGUCAACACACCGUACUUCCUAGCCAGGCAUCUUCUCCGGAUGCUGCUGUCGAGUUGCGGCUACUCGAAAAAGGUGGAGAAGGAACCCGCCGUCAUGGAAACCAUGAGGCUGUGUGGCAUGGACCAGCAUAUCGCAGCGGUUGUCGACUUGAUGUCCACAAAGCCGAUACCAGCCUCGCAUAUGAAUCAAGCAUCUGUUACCGCCCGGGUGCAGGUCUUUGAAUUCCUCACGCAUAUGUGCCUUGACUCUCUGGGUCCGACCGCCUUCAUCGUUGACGACAUGCACUUUUGUGACAAGGAGUCGUGGCCAUGUAUCAGAGCGCUGAUUGACCAUUCUCAUUGUCUCCUUACCCUGUCUACUAGACCGAAUGCUAUAGAGAACCCCCCGUGUCCAGAAGCUCAAAGUGUAUUUAACGAGAAGACGUCCCUUGUGACGGAUGUGUACGGCCUUGACCUUUCCCUUGUGUCCGCCUUGGCGUGUCAGGUGCUCGAGGUCGUCAGUAUCCCCAAGGGUUUGGAAAAGUUGUUACGGGACAUGAGUCACGGCGUUCCGUCAUGGGUGGAACAGCUUCUCCGGGACAUGUACGACAAACGCCAAAUCCUCAUCCGCUACAGCGACAACGCCCACAACACCUUCAGGACAUCAGUCGUUGCCCCUAAGCAGGCUUUCAUCACCAAGUUAACCCCUGUCGGGAAGGCCAUUGAGCGGAGACGUUCGAUAAGGGCUGUAAGAUAUGCCGACAUCGACUCAAUAUCACACGAGGAAAGUCACGAGGAAGCGCUUGCUGACCUUGGCUUUAAGUUUGCUAAGAGCAAGGUGAAGGACACUUUAGAGAUGAGAACGUGUGUCAUGGCACCUGGGAAAACGACCGACGACAUUCAAGUUCCUGAGGCGAUGAAAGAUUUGGUUAUAGCAAGGAUAGAUUCUAUGCGAGCUACAGAACAACUGAUCGUGAAGUGUGCGGCUGUUCUUGACCCUCCCUUCACGAGGCAGAGCGUGGAGGAGGUCCUCCCACAGGCCAGUACCUUCAAGGUCAGCACCUCCCUCAAGAGGCUGUAUGAAAACGGGACGUUUGCGUGCAGUAGUGCCUCGUCCCGUAUGCCGUCAACAGGUCGAAGCGAUGAAGCCGGGAGGGCCAGAGGGGGUUGCUGCUGUCCCCGAGGAGACCGCGAAGAAGGGGGCGUUAUGUGUAACUCGCUCAUGUUCCGGCAUAAGCUGCUCAAGGACACUGCUCAGGAAAUGUUGAUGGGCAAGCAGAAGCAGCAUUUGCAUCUGAAGGCUGCUGAGUUUAUUGCGCGGAGUGUCAAGGACAUCAGGAGCAAUGUACCCUUUCAACUGUUCGUCCAAAAUCGCAAGGAAUCCUCGGUUGAAAAACACACAAACAGGGAGAAGACGUUAACUGAUGAAGAGACGUCAGAAAGGUUUCGGACAAUUCUAAAAUCGGGUGAGAUGCUACCCCACCUGCAUCUGAUCCUAGAGGGCGCGGUGAUAGACAAACGCCGGAACUCUCUUCUGGAACAGCUACUUCCGGUGUAUGAGAGGAUGGCCUUCCAUUACAACUCCGCCGAUGAUAUGUACAGUCUGCUGGACACACAGACGGAAGCCGGUCUGGUGUCUCUCGUGCUGAAAAGGAAUGGCCAGGCAAUGUCGUGGUUGGCGGAUACAGAAUCAUCGUUCAAGAAGCUGACAGAGUCGAACCAGCCCACAGUGGUUGUCAACAAUUACAACGAUAUAGAGGCUGGCCUUAAGCGUCUGAUGGGAAAGGCCUUCCAACAGCUUGGACAACUGCCCGAAACUAGAGGCUACCUGACGGAGGCCGCGUCGCUUCUGGACAUGGCGGAGCCCUCCAGUAAGACAGACCUGCGAUUCCAAAUGUUCAAACUAAGACUCUUGCCAUUCCCACAGUUCAUCUACUUCACCAAAGGUGGAUCCGUCAGACUCCUCAAGCCAGCCAGCCGGAGGAGGAUAGAACGCGGGCACCUGCUGGGGGACCUGUGUCGGCUUCACAAGGAGCAGGGUAACAACGACCUCCUCAUCCUGGACGCUUGGAGACACUCCGCUAACAUUGUGGGCAAGCAGGUCCAUAUCCACCAGGUAUUGGAGAGUUACAUACAUAUCAUCGAGGCGUGUAGGGCGCGGUCCUGGUCUACUAGAGCCCACAGACUGGAGAGUGAGCUGUACGCAACAUGCUGUGCACGAAGUCACGAACUGUUGUAUGAUGACGUCAAGGCGCUGGCCACGACCCUGGGUGAGAGUGCCUUGCUCUCCCUCUCGGCAGGGAACGUCUCUCAGGCCAUAGACAGGGGGGAAGUAGCAGCAAAGAUCGUGGGACACAUGAGUCACACUCGCUUGACAGUGAGGAUCUACCCAAUACUGGCCUUGGCCUACCUCGCCGCUAACAGGACCCAGGACUGCCAGGAGCUUCUGGAGAAGCUGAACGAGAUCUACGCGGACCUCGAAGGGUGGGGGGUCAACACCUGGGGCACCAUCAUCGCCCUGGAGCUCAUGAUCUCACCAGGGAUCCCAACACAAACAUUCUUCAUGUGUCUUAAGAAGGCAAGCGUCUACCUGAAGAACUACGACGCCGUCAUUGACGGCAAUGUGGCACGCUACUACAUCGCCAUGUGUAUAGCAGUCUGGUACAGUCGCAGAGGCCAGUGGGAGACAGCCCAGACCUGGUUCGACUACUGGGAACAUUACGACCUGGGCGAACACAACUACAUCACUGUGAGUGCCCGCUGCAAGAAGGUCGAGUGCAUGCUGUUAGCAAUGUGCAGGGCGAUACAGAGGGGGACGGACUGGGUGCACGACAGGAUCAAGACAGAUGUUGUUAAGGUACAUAAAUGGUGUGUGCAUGCGAGAAUUCUACUGCCUGAAGAAACUUUGAAGAAGAACCCUGGCUUGAGACCUCGUGUGUAUCACCUCAGAGCGUACUUCUCCCUACUCAGGAAGAACUUUUGCGCCAGGUCAUAUCUCAAACGCUGUGUCCAUCAGUGCAAGAAGCAGGGCAAUCUGCUGGAAUUCUCCUUGGUCAGACAUGACUGGAGACAGUGGAACGAACAGAUGUCCACCAACUGCCUUGACACUUCGUGGGUGGACUCCGUGGAGGAACACUUCCUGGACUGGCGUCUGAGGUUAACAAGAGGAGAGGAAGUUCUGUACACAUUACCACUGCCUCAAGGAAGGGUGGUUCGUCGGACUAGGUGGUGGAGAUCAAACAAGGUCAAACCUCUGCCCCUGGAGUGACAUUGUUUCUAUAACCCACACGAGGUGCGGAGCAGGUGCUUGAGACCAAACGGGGUCAUGUUUCUACCUCUGGAGGUAAAGUGCAAUAUUGUUACUCAGAUAAUUAACCUUAGCUUUGUUCUUGUUAAGUUUUAAUGAUUUACUAUAAAACAAAAAUGUACCCAAACCCAUUAUUGCUCAGGAACGAGAGCGAACCUUAAUAAAGGAACACUUUGAACUGUGGUUUGCAUUUACUCCCAACAGAACAUUGUUAACCCCUGAAAUGGUAUCUUUGAACAUUUUAGACCUAACAUAUAUUUAUUGAACAGGGUCAUACAGACAUCACACAGUAAUUCACCCAUGGACUGAAAGGUUUGAUUCAAAUCAUUUAUUUUUGCUAAUCCCUUCAUUAUACAGAUUUGUGAUAUGCAAACCCAAUUCCCUACG